UGCUUUGCUUUUUCCUUGCGUACUUGGAUGGUCCAGAAAAAAGCAAAGAGUAAAAGAAAAACACUUAAAGCAAAAUAUAAAAUACAGAGAAAAUGUCGAGAACAUAAUAGAAAAAUGAGAAAAUUAAAAAAGAUUGGCUUUAUUGCGAAAGUUUCCAAGAAAGAUCCCGGAAUACCGAAUUUGUGGCCGUUUAAAGAAGUCUUUAUUAAGCAACUUAAAGUUAGGAGGAAAGAGGAAGAACUUGAAAAAUUUCAAAAACGUCAGCAUUUGAGAGCACUUAGCGAAAAUCUUUACUCUUUGGCUGAAGAUGCUUCAAAAAAAGAAAUUGAUUAUGACAUAAAAGCAAAACUUGUUAGCGAUCAGAUUUCUCAGGAACAUUGCAUUGACAAUACCCGGAAAUUUUUUUUUAAAGAACUAAAAAAAGUUGUUAACGAUUCUGAUGUUAUUCUUGAAGUUUUGGAUGCUCGGGAUCCGCUCGGCUGUCGUUGUAAACAACUUGAAGAUCUGGUUUUGGGCGGCGAAGGAGAGAAGAAACUUGUUUUAGUUUUAAAUAAAGUGGACUUAAUACCUAAGGACGUUGCCCAACAGUGGCUUAAGCAUCUAAGAAAGACUUUACCUGCAGUUGCUUUUAAGGCGUCCACGCAUCAGCGCCGUCAGUUUCUGGGACAAUCUUAUGUUCCUGUUGAAAAAGCUUCGACUAGUUUGCUCUCCAGCUCGGAAACUCUUGGGGCCGAUAUGUUGUUAAAAUUAUUAAAGAACUAUUGUCGCAGUUUUGAUUUGAAAAAAACCAUCACUGUUGGGGUUGCUGGACUUCCCAACGUUGGGAAAAGUAGUUUGAUUAAUUCGUUAAAAAGAGCAAAAACCUGUCAAGUGGGCUCUAUUCCAGGGGUGACUAAAACAAUACAACGAGUGUCUUUAGAUCGAAAUCUAAAACUUCUGGAUUCUCCUGGAGUAGUAUUUUCUAGCGCAGAUCAGAAUUCACUAUUACGGAACUGUAUCCCUGUAGAUGCGCUUUCUGAUCCGGUAGAACCGGUUAACAGUAUCCUGGGUCAUUGCGACAGAAGGCUUCUUCAGGAGCUUUAUAAAAUUUCUGCAUUCAGGACUCGCACGAAUUCUUAAUUCACGUAGCUAGUCGGCGUGGCCUUUUGAAGAAAGGAGGCAUUCACGACGUUGAGGCGGCCGCAAGAGUAGUACUUAGGGAUUGGAAUUCCGGCUUAAUUCCAUUUUAUACGGAACCGCCCUCCGAGCCGUUGGAGUCUACAAGAAUUGUUCCCGACUAUUCAAAGGCCUUUGAUUUGGGGGGUUUACUUUCUUUGGAGGAAGAUCAGUUUCUCUCAUUGCUGGCAUCAAAAAGCGCCAACUUUGUGUCUUUACUGCCAAAAGUGGUGUCUUCUGAAAGCGCAACUAAUUAUGCAGAACAGGAGAUUAACUCGGCGAUUGCAUUGAACACUCGGUUUUCUAUGAAUCCAGAGCAUAAAGAACAAAAGUCUACCUUUGCGGCUCACAAGAGGUUAACUGGACAUAUGUCGAGCUCUUUCGAAAAUAUAACGGUCGCUGACCUUGAGGAACGCAUGCUUAACCCUCAAUAUAAGAAAAUUGAAAGAAGUUUAGUUAAAUCUGCUAGGAAGGACGCUAAACGUAAGAUGCGUCUUGAAGGUCUUUGCAGUAUGAACGACAGUAAAGGUGAUCUCUACGACUUUAAAACGGACUUUGCGCAGCUGGAAGAUGAGUUGGUUGUUUAGCGUACCUACUUGUGUUUAUGCACUCAAAAAUAUAAACUUAGUAACAAAAAAACCAAUUCGGUGUUACAAGAUUAAAAUAU